CCUGCUACUUGCUGAGAAAGAACAUUAGGAAUGCCUUUUAGUGCCUUGCUUCCUGAACUAACUCACAGUAGCCCGGCAGCCCAGGGCGAUCCGACCACAUUUCACUCUCACCGCUGUAGGAAUCCAGAUGCAGGCCAAGUACAGCAGCACAAAGGACAUGCUGGAUGAUGAUGGGGACACCACCAUGAGCCUGCAUUCUCAAGCCUCUGCCACAACUCGGCGUCCAGAGCCCCGGCGCACAGGCUGGAAUAGAGUGGCACGAUCACGACUCACUGCAGCCUUGACCUCCCUGGCUCAAGCAAUCCUCCCACCUCAGCCUUCUGAGUAGCUGCGACUACAGAGCACAGGGCUCCCUCUUCAACGUGGCGACCAGUGGCCCUGACCCUGCUGACUUUGUGCUUGGUGCUGCUGAUAGGGCUGGCAGCCCUGGGGCUUUUGUUUUUUCAGUACUACCAGCUCUCCAAUACUGGUCAAGACACCAUUUCUCAAAUGGAAGAAAGAUUAGGAAAUAUGUCCCGAGAGUUGCAAUCUCUUCAAGUCCAGAAUAUAAAGCUUGCAGGAAGUCUGCAGCAUGUGGCUGAAAAACUCUGUCGUGAGCUCUAUAACAAAGCUAGAGCACACAGGUGCAGCCCUUGUACAGAACAAUGGAAGUGGCAUGGAGACAAUUGCUACCAGUUCUAUAAAGACAGCAAAAGUUGGGAGGACUGUAAAUAUUUCUGCCUUAGUGAAAACUCUACCAUGCUGAAGAUAAACAAACAAGAAGACCUGGACUUUGCCGUGUCUGAGAGCUACUCUGAGUUUUUCUACUCUUAUUGGACAGGGCUCUUGCGCCCUGACAGUGGCAAGGCCUGGCUGUGGAUGGAUGGAACCCCUUUCACUUCUGAACUGUUCCAUAUUAUAAUAGAUGUCACCAGCCCAAGAAGCAGAGACUGUGUGGCCAUCCUUAAUGGGAUGAUCUUCUCAAAGGACUGCCAAGAAUUGAAGCGUUGUGUCUGUGAGAGGAGGGCGGGAAUGGUGAAGCCAGAGAGCCUCCAUUUCCCCCCUGAAACAUUAGGCGAAGGUGACUGAUUCCCCCCCGCAACUACAAAUAGCAGAAUGAGCCAGGCAAUGCCAAUGCAAGGGCUACCUGAGACACUGGGAAAUGGAACAUAAUCAGGAAAGACUAUCUCUCUGACUAGUACAAAAUGGGUUCUCGUGUUUCCUGUUCAGGAUCACCAGCAUUUCUGAGCUUGGGUUUAUGCACAUAUUUAACAGUCACAAGAAGUCUUAUUUACAUGCCACCAACCAGCCUCAGAAACCCAUAAUGUCAUCUAUCUUCUUGGUUUAGAGAUAACUUUUAGCUUUCUUUCUUCUCAAUGUCUAAUAUCACCUCCCUGUUUCCAUGUCUUCCUUACACUUGGUGGAAUGAGAAACUUUUUGAAGUAGAGGAAAUACAUUGAAGUAACAUCCUUUUCUCUGACAGUCAAGUAGUCUAUCAGAAAUUAGCAGUCACUUCCCAGACUGUACCACCAAAUACACAAGGAAUUCUUUUUGUUUGUUUCAGUUCAUACUAGUCCCUUCCCAAUCCAUCAGUAAAGAUCCCACCUGCCUUGUCUAUGCCGUUUCCCAACAGGGAUGUCUCUUGAUAUGAGAAUCUCAAUGCCUUAUAAACAUUCCUUCCUGUGUCCAUUAAGACUCUGAUAAUUGUCUCCCUUCCAUAGGAAUUUCUCCCAGGAAAGAAAUAUAUCCCCAUCUCAGUUUCAUAUCAGAACUACUGUCCCCGAUAUUCCCUUCAGAGAGAUUAAAGACUAGAAAAAAGUCAGCCACUUCAUCUGCACCUGUAAUAGUUUCAGUUCCUAUUUUCUUCCAUUGACCCAUAUUUAUACCUUUCAGGUACUGAAGAUUUAAUAAUAAUAAAUGUAAAUACUGUGAAGUGUGUGUGAUUUUACAAUGGACUUAUGGUUUGUGGGAAAAUUCAGCAUGGAAAUGCUUUUCAAAAUA